UGUCGCUUUCAGGUAUUAGACGGGGCCACCCAUUGGAAUGAAGCUGGAGUAUGUGUGCGUCCCAGGCAUUAGACGGAUGUCUGAGCGACCAUCCGGGUAUUGUGUCGAGAUGGUCAUGGCGGAGGGCGCUGCAGUUCUCAGGAGGAAUCGGCCUGGAACCAAGGCAAAGGAUUUUUAUAACUGGCCGGAUGAAUCCUUUGAAGAAAUGGACAGUACCCUGGCUGUACAACAGUACAUUCAGCAGAACAUUCGAUCAGAUUGUUCCAACAUCGACAAGAUCCUGGAACCUCCAGAGGGUCAAGACGAGGGUGUGUGGAAGUACGAGCACCUCAGGCAGUUCUGUCUUGAGCUGAAUGGACUCGCGGUCAAGCUGCAGAGUGAGUGCCACCCGGACACCUGCACCCAGAUGACCGCCACGGAGCAGUGGAUCUUCCUCUGUGCCGCCCACAAGACACCCAAAGAGUGUCCUGCUAUCGACUACACCAGGCACACGCUGGACGGAGCUGCCUGCCUGCUCAACAGCAACAAAUACUUCCCCAGCAGGGUGAGCAUCAAGGAGUCGUCUGUGGCCAAGCUGGGCUCCGUCUGCCGUCGGAUCUACAGGAUAUUUUCCCACGCCUACUUCCAUCACCGCCAGAUAUUUGACAAGUAUGAGAAUGAAACGUUCCUGUGUCACCGGUUCACACGCUUCGUCAUGAAGUACAACCUGAUGUCCAAGGACAACCUGAUUGUGCCCAUUCUGGAGGAGGAAGUCCAGAAUGCAUCCUCAGCUGGAGAGAGCGAGGCCUGAUGGACACGCACACACACAUACACUCACACACACACACACACUACAGUGCAUUGUUUGUCGUCCGCGGGGUGUCAGACGGAGAUAAGGGUUAACAUCACUGGGAGCAGAGCCCAGCUGUCCUGACCGUGACCGUGUCAGACGGUGGGUGUGGCUUUCUCUCACUACUGUUUUAGGGAAUGCUUGCUUUAAUGUUUUUAAGCAGCUGGAUUUGCAAACUGUAACCAUGGUGACCUGUUUGUACAUAAGCCCACUUUACGUCACGUUUUGUGGCGACACUUUUUUUUUUUUUUUUUUUUUUUUUUUUUUUUUUGCUUCGUGGUGUCCCCUUGUGGGCGUGUCCUGCAGAUGGACCACUAAAUUAGCCUGCUGCCGGCUCACUGUGGAUGUGACACGUUUACACACUGGCGGUUUUUCCAGACUAACAGUGAUCCUGCUCGGACACGCCCCCUUGUUAUCACCGCAUAAAAUGUGCCCGAUGUUCCCGAUUCUCUCGCUGAAAACACAACUGUCAAUCUCACAAAGGAGGCGGGACAUUGGGGCACAGCCUCUCCCCCAACCUUCCCCUCAUUAACUUAUGUGGGAGGAGCUUCGUCUAACCCGCCCACUCUUUGUUUUUUAAAUGGACUAAAAAAAUUUUGUUACUGUUGACAUUUUGAUGUCUGUUAAUAAAAAAGACGUCCAGGAGGCUGUUUGA